AUGUCAUCAUCAUCAUCAGAUGAACUCGAAGAAAGAUUAGAAGAAGCUUUCGACGGUAUAUUUCAAAUUAUACACGACGACAUAGUCGCCGGCAGAAGAAAGAAGAAAGGGCAACGUACUUACAUAGAACGCAACCGUGAAGAAGGACACAUCCGUUUAUGGAAUGACUACUUUAGCGAAGAACCGACAUUUCCGAGACAUUUAUUCAGGCGUCGUUUCCGCAUGAACAAGGACUUAUUCAUGCGUAUAGUCUAUCGUCUCUCAGAGGAGUUUCGAUUCUUUCAACAGAGAAGAGAUGCAAUCGGGAGGGAUGAUAAUUUCACUGAAGGAAUUAUUCGGUUAUUUGGAGAUGAGUAUCUACGAAGACCCACGCCGGAGGAUCUUCAACGACUACUCGAUAUUAGAGAGAAACGCGGAUUUCCUGGGAUGGUUGGAAGCAUUGAUUGUACGUUAAACGAUCUUAAUGUCCUCGAUCAGUCCCCCGUUUUUGAUGACAUUUUGGAAGGUCGAGCUCCAAGGGUCCGGUACGUCGUCAACGGACACCAGUAUGAUUUGGCGUACUACCUCACCGACGGUAUAUAUCCAAAAUGGUCAACAUUUAUCCAAUCUAUCUCACUCCCCCAAGGUGGUAAAGCAGAGUUAUUUUCUAAAGUUCAAGAAUCGACCCGAAAAGAUGUGGAGCGGGCUUUCGGAGUAUUGCAGGCUCGGUUUGCUAUUGUUAAAAACUCAGCUCUUUUAUGGGACAAGGCGAAGAUAGGGCAGAUUAUGCGAGCAUGUAUCAUACUACACAAUAUGAUGGUCGAAGAUGAACGGGAUGGAUACACUCAGUACAAUACAACUUAA